AGAACACUUCCAGUAUUGAACUUUAAUCAAGCGUUUAAUUUUCAACUAAAAAAAAAUGAAGUGCAUUGGGUUUUCUUUAUUUGUUUUCAGCGUCUGUUGUCUCCAACUAGCGGAACUUUCAACCGACAAAAAACCAAUACUGCUCGACAGGAUAAGACAUGACUGUGUCAAACAAACCGGCGUGGAUGCCUCUGUGUUGGAGAGAGCCCGAAAAUUCGACUACGUUGACGACCAAAAACUAAAAGAGCACGUUUUAUGCGUCGCCUUGAAGCACGGAUUCGUUAAAGACGGCAAACUCCAACAUGAUGCAAUCGUGAAGAAAAUAGGACAAAUUAUGACCGACGGAGUCCUUGCAGCAGAACUAUACGCAAAUUGUUCAGAAGAUAAAGGAAGCAUAUUGGAAACAGCUUUCGCUACUGCGAAAUGUUUCCUAAAAGUGAUUCGUAUAAAUAUUCUUUAAGAUUCUUGU